ACUGAAAGUAAUCCGCUACAGAUUCCAUUCGUUUCUCUCUGUGUAUCAGGAAGAGAGAGAGAGAGAUGGAAGAAGGAGAUGGCAAAACAAGUAACAAGGAUUCACCCACCAAUUCACAACAGACUAUUUCUGAUGAUGAUGAGAUAGACUACACAAUCAAACCAGAGUUUUAUGAUCCAGAUCUUGAUGAUAAGAAUGAACUGUGGAUUCACAAAAAAAGACAUGGACGUGACUCUGAUGCUGUGCUUAGCUGCCCUGCUUGCUUUACCACCUUGUGCCUAGAAUGUCAGAGGCAUGAAAAAUAUUUGACCCAUUAUAGGGCAAUAUUUGUUGUAAACUGCAAGAUUGAGAAUGACCAAGUUUUGAGGCAAAAUAUUUCAAGAUCGGGAAAAAGAAAGAGAACCGGAAGACUUGAUGGAAGCGAUGCACAUUCGAAUAAUAUUGAAACAUUCAAGCAAGUUUGUUGCUCUGUUUGUUCGACAGAGGUAGGUGUCAUUGAUGAAGAUGAGGUUUAUCAUUUCUUCAAUGUUCUCCCAAGUCAUUGAUGAAGAUGAGGUUUAUCAUUUCCUCAACGUUCUCCCAAGUGAACUCUGACUGAUUCAGAUGUAGCUGCCUAGCAGGGGUUAAAUUAUGUUGGUCAAUCAUUCUGCUGGUAUCUGAAUUUUACUAUCUUGCAGAAUUUCAAUUCAGCAGUAUCUCUUUGUUUUUUUUUAUAGUUUGUAUCUCUAUGUUUUAGAUCCAAAAUAACACAAUUGCUCCACUCUGAAUAUUUCUCCCCCAUAAGCAUUUUAGAGAUAACUGUCAAAUAGUAAGUAUUAGAAGAAGGCUAAAACCAUGGACACGAAAGUAUUACUUGAAGAACCUCUGAAAUAAGCCUCGUCUUUGGAUGCUUUUCAAUACCAUGU